UUUUCAGGCCGGAUAUAGUAAAAAUGCUGCUCUGAUUUCUGUUCACCGCUGUGCUCAUUGAGGGUAUGUGAUGGCUCUACAUGGCCUCAGCAGGGCCAGAAGCCUAUAGCCUAAGCCUUGAGACAGGAAACCGGUUCCAUGCGGGCAUCCCAUCAGGGCUGACAGUGCCACCACUCACAGUGAAGCUUCACGAAACCAAGACCUGGUACCUCGCAAAGCAGCAGCUGAAACCCAUCUGGCAGCUGGAACGGAAUCAUGUGACCCCUCUCCAACACCGCCACCCAGCCCACUCAGGGACCUCUCUCUCGCGUUCCUGCUUCCUGCGUCCAGACUUGCCAUGUCGUGAGGCAGUGCUUCUGAGCCCUCCUCCAUCUCAGCCCCAUUCUUUCCCAAACUUUCUUGGAAGUGCCCUGCUCUGUCGACGUUCUUACUUCAGACACAAGCCCUAUCGGAGGCUUGAGUCCAUCUGUGUGCAGCCAGGUGCUUUGGAGAAGAAAGCUCUUCGCAUCCCACCACCUUUCCUUUGUUCCAUUCCUAACAACGUCAUGUCAUCCUCAACCAUGGAUCCAUUUCUGGUGCCAAGUACCCCCAGUGGGCGUUCCAGUCCAGUGUCAAAGGGGUUUACCCUCAACUCAGGGAAGCAGAGCUCCAGUUCCUAUAGACCAGUGCUAAACAAUAACUCUUUUCUGAGGCCAACCAGUGCUAAAGUGCCUUUGCAGCAGCACCAUCACCAACCACUACCACCAGAAAAUAAGAAGCUAAAAAGCCUGUCAAGACCGCCAGGGUUCUCUUGGACUCAUUCUGGGGGGCAUGGAGAUUGUUCCAUGAAUCUAGAUAGGAAACUUGGGAGAAGUAACGGCCUAACUCUAGAACAAACUGGUGCUAGAUCUUGCUUACCUAUUCACAACAGCCCAGUCCUCAAAGUAGAUCGGUCGUCUUGGCGAGCUGAGGAUGGUGAGAAUAGAUCGCAGAACCUAAAAGAACAAAAUGUUCGGUUGACCGAAGCCAUGAGGAAGCUGACUGCUAGUGGUAUCCGGAAGAUUAGUACCUACAAUGAGUUUGGUCACCGCAUUGACAGCUCCUGCCUUAUGAAUGCAAACUUCCACUCCACUUUGUUCAGCCGGUGGAAACCGCACAUUGUAGCACAGAUCACCCCAAAAGAAGUAUCAGCUGCUGCCCCUCCAAAUCUGGAACAUGACGGCCGCCGCCAGAGCCUUACUGGUUCAGAGGGUGCUGAAAUCUGCACUAAGCGCAUCAACGUUCGCUGUCUAGCCUCAGAUCCUGAGCCUUCCAACCAUACCGCCUCAAGCCCAAUUGUCAGUUCUCCAUCUGUCAGUAGUACAGAGCAAGUGGUUAAAACGGAGCUGUCCCCGCGGUCUACUGUCUCUGACGAAGAGACAACAAUUUCAUCUCUACCGUUCGGCACAGAUACCAAAUGGGGUCAGCCUACUGCUGUGAAAGAUACUGACUCUACGCUUAACUUGCCCCUGCUGGACCAAGCAGAAGUGGAGGAUAUAGAAGAAGAACUCCCUGAUGGCUUGGAAGACGUCUGCAGUCAGGAUGAGGAGGGAGAAGAAGAUGAUGACGAAGGUGAAUCAGAUGGUUCGUCCUCAACUGAAUUGUCCCCCAGUGGUUCUGUGGCUGCUAUAUCCAGGAAUUGCAUCGAGGGAUUGGUACCACCACUUGAGGGCCAAGAGCGAAUUCUCAAGCCAGCUCUUGUAUGCAGCCUGUUCCCUAAUGUGCCUCCUACCAUAUACUUUGGUACCCGAGAUGAGAGAGUGGAGAAGCUUCCUUGGGAGCAGAGGAAGAUGCUGCGAUGGAAGAUGAGCACUGUGACUCCAAACAUUGUGAAGCAAACCAUUGGCAGGUCUCACUUCAAAGUCAGCAGGAGAAACAAUGACUGGCUGGGUUGCUGGGGCCAUCACAUGAAGUCUCCUGGAUUCAGAAUUGUCAAGGAGCACCAGAAGCUGAACCACUUUCCUGGCUCGUUUCAAAUCGGGCGGAAGGACCGGCUGUGGAGAAAUGUGUCCAAAUUGCAGACGCGCUUCGGAAAGAAGGAGUUCAACUUCCUGCCACAAUCCUUUAUCCUCCCUCAAGAUAUCAAACUGCUCAGGAAGGCUUGGGAAGAUUGUGGAAGCCGCCAGAAGUGGAUUGUGAAGCCGCCAGCAUCAGCCAGGGGCAUUGGUAUCCAGGUCAUCCAUAAAUGGAACCAGCUGCCAAAGCGCAGGCCACUGCUGGUGCAAAGAUACUUGCAUAAACCCUACCUCAUUGGUGGAAGUAAGUUUGACUUAAGGAUAUAUGUUUACGUCACAUGCUACGACCCAUUGCGUAUCUACUUGUUCAAAGAUGGACUUGUCCGUUUUGCCAGCUGCAAGUACUCCUCAUCCAUGAAAAGCCUCAACAACAAGUACAUGCACUUGACCAACUACAGUAUCAACAAGAAGAAUGUUGAAUACAAAGCCAAUGGAGAUGAAACUGCUUGCCAAGGGCACAAGUGGGCACUGAAAGCACUCUGGAACUAUUUGAACCAGAAAGGAAUUGACAGUGAAGCCAUCUGGGAGAAGAUAAAAGACAUCGUUGUCAAAACCAUUAUUGCGUCAGAGCCCUACAUCACCAACCUCGUGAAGUUGUAUGUGCGGCGCCCUUACUGCUGCCAUGAGCUGUUUGGGUUUGAUGUCAUGCUGGAUGAGAAUCUCAAACCAUGGAUCCUGGAAGUCAAUAUCUCACCUAGCCUCCAUUCAAACUCUCCCCUCGAUGUCAGUAUCAAGGGCCAAAUGGUCCGGGAUGUCCUAAACUUGGCUGGCUUUAUAUUGCCAAAUGCGGAUGAUGUGGCUUCGCUUUCUGGAAGUUCUACAACCAGUUCUACAACCAGCUUGAAUUCUUCCAUGAAGGAAAAAUCCAGGCCAUCGCUCGAGUUAUUCACUGCUGAGAAGACAAAGAAAGCUUAUUAUCUGACCCAGAAAGUGCCUGAUCAGGAGUUCUGUUCCACCAUCCUGGAUGUCCUGACCCCAGAUGAUGUGCGAGUCCUGGUCGAGACAGAGGACGAAUUGGCUCGGCGUGGACAGUUUGAACGAAUUUUCCCCUCACGCGUCUCCAUGCGCUACCUGAGCUUCUUUGAGCAGCCGCGCUACUUCAACAUCCUUGUUGCCCAAUGGGAGUUGAAAUAUUCUUCAAAUAAGACCAAAGGGGUGGAUCUGCUCAGAAGCUGGUGUUACAGAGGCUAUCACAACGGGGUAGUAACAGAUACCACAUUGAUGUGGACCCUUCCGAGAACCCAGGUCUAUUUGAAGAAUGAUUUCAUCUUGAAUGGCAUGAGCAAGAUUGAGUCAGGCCGAAUCAGCAAAGCCCUUGUCCAGCGAGAUGAAGACGAAUCAUCCCGAAGCCAAGAAAUGACCACUUGCACUCAGAGCUUACCUCUGAUAAAAUACACGGCUGGAACGCUCAAGAAAGGCACAGUCCCUCAGGCCUUCAGCAGUGCAAGCCUGGUAAAGUGAUGAGGAAUCACAUGAGAGUUGCCAGUUUCCCCUCCCUAGCAGUGUAUGGAGGGAGAGGACACAUACAGCCUACCUCAGCAAAUGCUUGGAAAGCCAACCUUGGAGGCAUGGGGAGAGUCUCGUGUCCAGCAUGCCCACCCAAGGACUAUUUUUUUGAAAGGAAAUUGGGACAAAGGGGAUAUGUCGUCUGUCUUGGUCAAAAGGGACAAAAACUCCGUUUAUAUAUAUAUAUAUAUAUAUAUUUUGUGUGUAUGAGUGUGAGAGACAAAGGAAGUUUCUAAACACAGAAAGCUUGGAAAACGUGUUUAAUUUUUAGUGUGAAUUCCUUGCAGUUCAUUGACCUUGCCAUGUUCCUCAUCACCUGAGCCUCAAGUGCCUCUCACUGCUACGUGCCAAUGUGUUAGGUCAGACUGCGGCGCUGCACAUCUCAAGUCUCAGUCUGUGAAACGACUUGCUACCAGGUGGUCAGACUGUACGUAUUAGCAGUCAGUUUUAACAUUUCAUUCAUUCACAGCCAGAUGGAACAAGGUUCCUGUUCACCAAACACCGUGACAUUAUUACUUUUAAAAUGGCAACUUUUAACACCGGUAAAACAUAUGUAUUCAUAAAUGUUGUGAUACACUGUUGAAAGAAAUGGAGGAUGAGGGGGGGGGAUGCAUGUAGUUGAUAUUCUCUCUGUACAAGUCCAUGGUUCUUUGAUGCUGUCUUCUUGUUUGAGUUCAGUCCUUAAUGGCAUUUUCUGCUUAUUUGUUAUUCUGUGAUGAAGCAGGUCUUGCAGUGUGCUGGCCCAAAGUACAAAACUGGCAUAAGGGGGAGUGCAGGUGAGAUUUUCUUAAAUCACAAGGAGCAUCUUCUUCAGGAUCUAGCACAGUGCCAGGCCUUGGGAUAAGAAGCGUUAGAAGAUGGGCAAAUCAAGUUUGUCAUUGUUAAAUGCCUACCGUACGUGCAUAUUGUAAAACACACUCUGCAAUCCUUUUCCCCUGAGGAAGCUUUGAUUAAAGUUUAGUCUUUGA